ACUGUUUGGGAGGCUAAGAGUUAUAAGCAUUAGCUGAAGAACACAUCAAAGUCAAAGCUGUUAAACUGAGAAAAUAACGGAGCAGAAAGCAAACUAUUUUGCAGCACAGGAAGUUACCAAGUCAUGGGACUUCCCACAGACUAUCAGAAGAAUAAUUGCAGAGGAAGCAGAUGUUAAGUGACAAGCAAGUUGUAAGGUCUCUCAUUUCAAAGGGAUCAUAAGGCAGAAAUUAGGCUGGAGCGCUGGAAAGUGUGAGAUGCCAGACAAAGAGGCAUGAAAUUAGAAUGUGAAUAGAAGAUUGAGUUGUAAAGGUCUGAGUCCCAAAUUGUGAAAUUCAGCAAUGAUACACUGUGGAAAAAGGCACGUGUAUGCUAUUGUUGCGUGUAUUGUAAUUUUUGGAAGUAUUUUAAUCUGCUCCUGGAAAGGUCCUCAGCUACAAGAUAAUAUAAAAAGAAAAAUCUUCCCCCAGGGAAAAAAUGUCAUUCCAGUUGGUCAAUUCUGCAGGGGAAAAGCUGCAAAAAAUGUAAUAACACCAUUAAAAGAUAACAGAACUUUUAUCAUCUCCCCAUACUUUGAUGAUAGAGAAGGCAAAGUCACACGUGUGAUUGGGAUUGUUCACCAUGAAGAUGUCAAAGAGCUAUACUGCUGGUUUUGUUGUCAGCCCCUUGGAAAGAUAUACGUAUCAAAGGCAGAAAUAGAUGUUCACUCGGACAGAUUUGGAUUCCCCUAUGGUGCUGCAGAUAUAGUUUGCUUGGAACCUGGAAACUGUGAUCCGACACACGUAUCAAUUCAUCAGUCUCCACAUGGAGAUAUUGACCAGCUAUCGAGGUUUGAAAUAAAAAACCGCAAAGCAGAGCCCUUCUCUGCUGACUUUACAGUAUGCAUCUCUGCCAUGUUUGGAAAUUACAACAAUGUCUUACAGUUUAUACAGAGUAUGGAAAUGUACAAGAUUCUUGGGGCACAGAAAGUGGUGAUCUACAAGAACAACUGCAGCCAGAUGAUGGAGAAAGUCCUGAAGUUUUAUUUGGAAGAAGGAACAGUAGAGGUAAUUCCGUGGCCAAUAAACUCAUAUCUCAAGGUUUCUCCUAAAUGGCACUUUUCUAUGGAUGCAAAAGACAUUGGCUACUAUGGACAAAUCACAGCUCUAAAUGACUGUAUAUACCGCAACAUGCAGAGGAGCAGGUUUGUGGUUCUUAAUGAUGCUGAUGAAAUAAUUCUUCCCCUUAAGCACUCAGACUGGAAAACAAUGAUGAGCAGUCUUCAGGAGCAAAAUCCAGGAACUGGUGUUUUUCUCUUUGAGAACCAUAUCUUUCCAGAAACAAUUACCACUCCCAUGUUCAACAUUUCAUCUUGGAACACUGUGCCAGGUAUUAACAUACUACAGCAUGUUCACAGAGAGCCUGACAGGAAAGAGGUUUUCAAUCCUAAGAAAAUGAUAGUUGAUCCAAGAAAGGUGAUUCAGACUUCAGUCCACUCUGUCCUACAUGCUUAUGGGAUGAGUGUGAAUGUUCCAAUGGAUGUUGCCCUCGUUUAUCACUGUCGCGUGCCCCUUCAAAGUAACCUUCCCAGAGAAUCUCUCAUCAGGGAUACGACAUUGUGGAUAUAUAACUCAUCAUUAAUCAUGAAUGUUAACAAAGUUCUCUAUCAAACAGUACUGUAAGCUCAAAAGUGAAACUUUGUCUACAAAAAUCAAAGGUGGGGAGUUGCCUGUGCCCCAGGGAGGCAUAGGAUAUCAUUCAAAGAUCACAUUAAAAUCUCUUCGCAUGAGAAUUUCAUCGUACAGAGAUUUGGAAGAAUAACCCCUUUAUGUACAGACCAAAUGUACAUUCAUUCUGUCUGUGAAUUGUAGGAAGGUAUCAGGAUCAUAGAAUCAUAGAGUGGGUUCAGCUGUAAGGGAUUCCAAGGGUCAAGUUCCAAGCCUCCUGCCGCAGGCUGUGCUAACAACUUCUAUAUCUGGUAGUAGACCAGGUUGCCUGGAGCCCCAUCCAACCUGGUCUUGAACACUUCCAGGGACUGAGCAUCCAAAGCCUCUUUUGGCAGCCUGUUCCAGUACCUCACCACUCUCUUGGUAAAGAACUUACCCCUACAUCCAAUCUAUAACUUUCCUCUUUGAGCUUAAAAGCAUUCCCCCUUGUCCUAUCACUAUCUACCCAAGUAAAAACUUGACCCCCUCAUUUUUUAUAAUCCCCUUUUGAAUACUGGAAGUCUGCAACAAUGUCUCCUUGCAGCCUUCUCCAGGCUGAAUGUGCCCAGCUCUCUCAGUAUGUCUUCAUAUGGGAAGUGCUCCAUUCCUCCAGUCAUCUUCAUGGCCCUCCUCUGGACCCUCUCCAACAGCUCCACAUCUUCCCUGUACUGGAGGCCUGUAUGGGAACUACUGAAUCAUGGCCUGAAUCUCUGAUUGACCACCUGAGGUGAGCAAUGAGUCAUCCCUGGGAGCACAGGUGAAGGCAAUUCACCUGUGCUAUGAGAAGGGGAGCCUUGCUCCACCUCUUCUAGAUCCCAUUUAAAUGCUGACUAUCACUGGGGAAGGAUUUCUUUUGGAGUUUUCUCAGCGAGCCCAGGAUAAGGGGCCCCACACCUGGUUGCAGUAUUCCAGAUGGAGCAUCAUGAGGGCAGAGUACAGAGGGACAGUCACCUCCCCAUCCCUGCCUGCCACCCCUCUUCUGAAGGAUCUCGGGAUACUAUUGGCCUUCUGUGCUGCAAGAGCACACCUCUGGUUCAUGAUCAGUUUUUCAUCCACCAGGAUCCCGAAGUCCUUCUCUGCAGGGCUACCCUCAAGGAGUUCUUCUCCCAGUCUGUAUAUAUAUCUGGGACUACUCCAACCCAAGUGUGAAACUUUGCACUUUGCUACGUUGAACCUCAUUAAGUUCACGCAGGCUCACCUUUGAAGUUUGUUGAGGUCCUGGAUGGUGUCCCUUCCAUCUGUGUCAACCACAGCACUUGGCUUGAUGCCCAAGGGAGCAAUUUUCAAAAUUAAAAAAAAAAAACAAAAAAAAAACUAUAAUUGAUCCAAGAAGGGUGAUUGAAGGAUCCAUCCACUGUAUUCUAGAGGUGUUUGCAUGUGGCUGGGAAGAGCCCAGUGAUAUUGUUACAUAACAUUGCAGAAAAGCUUACAAAUCAAAUUCAUAAUAUAAUUCUCAACAGGGAUGUAUCAUUUUGGUGAUGUAAUAUACAUCUUUGGCUGUGAAAGUGAAACUUACUAAGUAAGUUAAGAGUUUCAAGUGCAGCAAUGAAAUUUAGAGUUCUUGCAAGAGACAUUUAAUGCUAUGUUCUCUGUAACAUGCAAUCAUGAAGGUAAUCUGUCUACCAGAAGAAGAAAACUAAAAUGUAUGGAACUCAACAUUACAAGUUAGUGUUGCAGAUCCAGCAUGAAUGUAAGAAUACCAGCACAAUUUUACUACAGGAAUGAUUCAGCUAGCAACUGCUGUGUAAUUUACUGGUGCAAAUUACUAGACUUCAUCAUUAUGUAAUAAUCAAAUUUCCCUUCACUUAAAAUUUAUUAGUGUUUGUUUUGGCAGGUUUUUUUUUUUUUUUUUUUUUUUUAUUUCUCUAUUUUACACAAGAUAAUUACAUAUCUGACUGUCUCUGGGGUGAAGUCCGCAGUUUUCUCCAACACAACUUGGCUCCACUGUGAUCUCUACAGUACUUCGUGUGCUAUUUGCUCGUCAUCUCUGUAUGCUGAUGAGUGAGCAUGUCCCCUUGCACGGCUGCUGGAUCGAUGUGAGCGGGCUCGUGCAUUGCACGAAGGGCUCUGCCGUACGGCAGUUCGGUGGUCCCGUUCUGCUUCCGGAUCGGUUUUGGGCCGAGACACGAGAGACGUCACUCCGCCUCGCGCUCUUGCCUAGGAUCUCCCCGACGGCUGCAUCGGGAACCUGCGCGGGCGGCUGCAGCGAAGGCGCUUCGCUUUGCGGCGUCCCAGAGGCGCGAGCGAGUUCCUCGCCGCGGCCCGGCUGGCUCUCGCGGGGGGCUACGCCAGGCCGCGCCGUCACGCUAUGACUCAGCCCCGGGCGAGGGGUGCAUGAGUACGGGAGAACGGCUCCACCCGGACCGGCGGGGGUGAGCGCGCAGGAGCUAGAGCAGCGCGGGUCCUUCUGGGCCCCGCAGGGCGGAGCACGUGGUUCCGCAGCCGCUCGCAGGGCGUCCCGCGGCCGUAGCGCUGCCCAAGGCACUCGAAUCCCAACUCGGCCGCCACCGCCUUCCCCAGCGGCAGGUGGCAGGGGCGGGCGGCCCCGACUUUCCUCCCUCUGCGGCAGCGGAGGCCGUAGCGGAGCCGGCACAGAGGUACUCGGAGUAGCUGCUGCUGUUGGUGAUGCAGAGUUAGCUCGGGAGGGGCACGAGGGCUCCCCUUCUGCUCUCGUAUCCGCACGAGGCUCCGACGGCAGCAGCGCUGCUGCAGUGGGAAAGGCGAAGUCGCGGAGCGGUGAACGUGGGGCGCGGAGAAGGGUGCGCUGCUGCCGAGACGUUCGUCAGUUGGUUCUGCCGCGCGGUAAGUAAGGGCUUCUGUCUUUAGGUUCCUAUACGGGAUUCUAUAAUGUGCACCACUUGGAAAAGGGACUCGUUUACCAGGAGCAAGGCUAUUGUUUUAGUUAAAGAAACAGCAAAUAAGAAAGGUGAUAGUCCUGUUUUGGGGAUACUGUUGCUAACAUCUGAACGGUAUGUUUUAAAUAUUUGAUAAUCAUAAAAGACAAAUUUUUAAUAUAUAUAUCUCUGUUUGAAGAAACUCCAAGUGUGGGAGUGUAAUUUUACAUUUAGAGAAUGCAUAGCUUAUUGAGAGAACAGUUUCAGUGUGUUGUGGUUAACCCUGAUAGGCAGCAAAGCCCCCCGCAGAUGCACUGUUACCACAUCUCCACCCUCCCCCGGCAGAGGAUACAGAAGUGGAAAGGUAAAAAUGAGAAAACAUGGGCUUAGCCAUGUUAAAGGCAGUGUUACAGAUAAAGCAAAACUUCCUGAAUAACCAACAAGGAAUUCAUUUGCUACUUCCCAUCAUAAAGCUACUGUUUAGCCAUUUGCAGGAAAGCAGGGCUUCAUCAUGAGUAACAGUUACUUGGGAAAACAAACGCUAUAACUGUGUUCUCCCCUCUGGUCUGCUUUGGGGCAGCCAUCCCAGCUGUCUUUACUCCACAUUUCUCGUACACCUCCAACUGACUGCUCACAGAUGCCCAAGGUGAGAAUCAGGAAAGGCCUCAGCUCUGUGUCAGCGCUGUUCAUGAGUAACUAAAACAUUUUGUUACCAACACUGUUCCAGUCACAAAUCUUAUUUGCUACAAUGAAGAAAAUUAAAUCUCUCCCAGCCAAUACUGAUACAGAUUAUGAGUUGAAGUGACAAUAUUAAAUGUUGUUGUGAAACUUUUGCUGGUCUGUUUCUGUCCAAGAUUGCAAAGCCUAUUUGUUUACAAAACGAGAAAUUGGUGUUUUUUUUGUUUUACAGCAGAGUGUUUAUGUGUGUUCCAAGAAAGGUGUGGCUAGGGAAAGGUGAUGUUGCAAACUAAGUAGAUGAUAUUGGCUUCUUUGUAUUUAGGAAAGAAAUAACCGGUUUAAUUGUUAUAGAACAAUAUUUUACCAGCAAUUAAACACCAGUAAUUAAAUAAUUUAAACCUUCAAAAAUUAUGCUUCUGCCUUUGAUUCAUGUAAAAGAGGGAGAACACUGGCAUUUCAAAGAGAAGAAUUUAAACUAUCAUCAGAUAGUUAUUUAAAAAAAAAAAAAAAUCGUGAAAAUCUUGUUCAAGAUGUUGAAAUGUUUGUCAAUCUUUGAAACUUAUUUCAAUUUAAACACCAGCGUUUUGUGCCAUUGCUUUUGGCAAAGCUAUAAAGCAGAGAAGAGAGAAUGCUAUUUAUGACAAAUAAUAAAUUAAUAAGGCUUUUCACUAAUGGUGGACUUGUUUUAGGUAGAUCCCAGAUAAACCAAAUGUUAGAAUGUGUAGUGUUGCUGUUCUGUUAAUUCUACUGCUACUUUUUGGAGUCUGAAGUUUUGUAAUCACCUCUAUCAACUGACCCUUUGGAAUGCAUUUGUUUUGCCCUGACCCACCCUAAGGCUGGAAGGUAGAGGAAUAAGGUGAAAUUUAUUAGAAUAUAUAUAUAAACAUGUAUAUAGCAUGUAUAUAUUAGUGUGUAUAUAUAUGUGUGUGUGUGUGUGUGUGUGUAUGUGUGUAUAUAUAUAUAUAUAUAUAUAUAUAAACAAUGUAGACGUUGUGAAAAUUCUGAGAUGAGCAGCAUAAACUGUCUUCAGCUGUCUCAACACUGUAUUGAACAAAAGAUUGAGAUGUAUGGGAAUUCUAAAGCCACAUACAGGGCUUUAGAAAUUUUUAGAAGGACUGCAAAAAAAACAAAAACAGAAAAAAAAAAAACACAAACAAACAAAAAGCAUUAACUCAAUUGACAAGAAAUCUUUAUUAUGAGCUUGCAACAAAGGACAAGCUCAAAUGCAUCUGACCAAUGGUAUGCAUAUGCAAAAAGUAUAAAUCUUAGCAUAUAUUUUAAAAGAACAUUUCCAGUAACUGUAAAGUUUUUUCACUGUCAUUUGCAAAUAUUUCUGAUCACCUGUGCUAGAGACUAACUGAAACUUGGCCAUUUGCACAAAAGCAAUUGGUCAGGAGUGUUUCUUGUAAGAUAUUGGAACAUCCUGUAUUGCUUGAUGAAAAAGUAAUAAAAAUGAAGACUGAAAGGAGAUAUGACUGCAGUCCAUUAAUGCAGGAGGGAGGAAGAAAGGCUUUUUACUCUUAGUAGCAGUACUGAAGAAGAACUAACUGGUGCAAAGCAGUUAUAAUGAUAUCAUUAGAUUGAUUUAGUAUUAAAGCAAAUCUGAAUCAUAUUCUAUUUGAAUUGUAACUGGAAUUAAAGCACUAAGCCUGAAUGAAUUAUUAAAACAAAAUAAACUCUUUCAAAUAUGCUGGCAGCAUAUUUUUGAGGUUUUGAGGUACCAAGUACUCUCUAUACUGAGGAAGUAUAAAUGUACUGUUCCUUGUUAAUCUGACAUUAUAUAUUUCCUGACUAGAUUUCUCUGCUGUUAACCUCAGGAGACGCAAAUUCAUGAAUCGCGUGUCAGGAGGACUAUUAAUGUCAUUUACAAAAUAGCUAGGUAUUUAUUUUCUUCAGCAUUCAGUUUUCUGGGGUGUCUUGAGUUCUUUGUUCAGCUCUUUGUCUUUGCUUUUGGAAUCUGUUGUUGUUUUGAGAUGUCUCUCACACUUCCUCAUCAGAACAUGUAAUUACCUACCUCAAUUGAGCUGAUAGAAUGUUACAGAAAGAGAAACGUGCAUUACUGAAAACAAACAAACAAAAAAGCACAAACAUAUAUUUAAAAAGUUAUUUUCAAAUAUGCAUGUGAACUGCAGGAUUAAAUUUCCAGAAGAAAACUUACCGAAGUAGCACUAAAAUACCCCACCCAAGUGCCUAGUUUGAUUUGCUUGAACAACUCCAUAUUCAAGUUUGUAAUGUAAAUGAAAUUCUUGGGAGGCAGCUGUGUUCUUUGCGUAAGAGAAGUAAAACUUGUUUCUCAGGUAGGUGUGGUUACUAUUACGCACAUUACAGAACACCAACCAUUUGAAGUAGAAGGUACUGGCAAGUGUCUUAGGUAUUGUACUAGGAUUGUUUUUCCCUCAAUAUUGUACUAUUUUGAACAAUUCUUGCUCUUUAUCUUAGAGGAAAAAAAAAAAACAAAA